UAUAGGAGGAAACGUUUUCUAAUAACUAUAUCUUAACAAAUCACUAUGAUUUUGAUGUCGCAGGUUUUCAGUUAUAGGUUUCGCUUUAAAAAAUAAAAUAAAAUAUUUAUUUUUUGUUUUGCAAAUUUUGAAGAAAAGGAAAAUAUAUAAACCAUGUCUUUUGCUGUGUCAAUGACAUACUAUAAAAUCAUAGAGAAUGGAAAAUAUUUAGAAGUGCUAAACGUUUUUUCUUUUUGUACGGACGAUCACGUGGUAUAAUUCCCUCUUAAUGUAACAUAUCUGUAUAAAAUAAACCUAUACUUAAAUACCCUAGCUCCGGGUCGUUCUUGAUGCAGGCACAUUUGAGCUUGGAGGGGCGCAGGGUGGAUGUUGCGAGCUGGUAUUUUGUUUGUGUAUAACGAUUAACGAAAUAUAUAAUAGUAUACAUAUCCGAUCAAUAAAUAAAUAUACUACAAAGUAGUAUUAAACAAAAAAUGCUUUUAAACUAAAAUAUAAAUUGAAACUAUAUAAACAUGUAAAGUUACUACACCUACCUAUUUAAGACCCGAACCACAGACUGCUCCCGAGGCAGCGUUGUCGCGUUGGAUUGCGAAUUCACGAUGGGCAGCCUCUGCAUUAGAGAAAACCCAGAGCGUGGGUCAAGGCUCCUUUCAAGCAAGUGGCGACCCGGCGAACCAGCAUCCUGACGUCUCGACUGUGACGGAGUCCAAUAAAUACUGAACUUAUGACUAUAACUACUAUAUAGUGGUGAGCAUUUUUCUCUCUUCAGGGACGCCACAUGCUUAUUAGCCGCUUCUGCCGACAGUGCGGCUAUAAUCUCUGGGAGGCGGCAAAAGCACUGACGCACAUGACAUCCCGAAGUUAGCCCUUUCCUACUGCACUAGAGUCAAGCCGUCAACCCUUUUGCCAGCCAAGCGGCUGAGGCCUGGCCUUUAAAGCAUGCAGGGGAUUGGCAUACAUCCCAGGCCAGGCGGAGAGCAACGGUCGCACACCUGCAUGAGUCGUUGUCUAACAUGGUGCCUAAAUUUGGUGAGGGUAUCCGGAUUCUGGCCUCAAAGCCGCGGUCAGCAUAGCUCUGUUAACCUAGCAGCGACAUGUAUGAAACCUCAGAUCAUAAAAGGUUAUAUCUAUGUAUGAAACAGAUGCUUUACCCCUACUUCGUCCCAUAAUAGUUGGCGAUAUUAACGGUAGCGGUACUGGCCGCGUAGCCAACGUUACAAUCGUUCACGCUCCGUAGCGUAUCGUAGCUAUCUCUCUCUAUCACUGUUCUAUAUUAGUGCGACUGUGACAGUUGCGUUUCGUUCGCCAUGGAGCGUGAACGAUAUACACGUUGGCUACGCGGCCUGGUACGCCAGAGAUAUCUUAGAGCAAGAGCUCAGAGUAGCAAACACCUUCCAUUUUUUGGGGACCGACAAGCAUUUAUUACGGUUUCCCCAUGUAGCAUGCCGAAAGACAUGCCUCACGUCACCAUCACAGAGCAGCCUGCGGAUAAAUCGCACAGGUUUCGCUACCAGAGUGAGCAGGAGCGAAGACGAAGAUCCGUCAGAUCGAUCCUGGGUGUGAGUAGCACAUCGGAGCACAGGACAUACCCCGCCAUACGCGUCCACGGGUACAAGGGGCCCUUUGUAGUCCUGCUGUCGCUGCUCAAUCCUCACAACAACUUAGUUCAUCCUAAUAGCAUCUGCACGGUAUUGAACUCAGAAAAUUACAAAUGCCGAAAUGGAGUGCUCUUCAUCAUCUCUGACGAGCCUGAAGUUGUCUUCGAAAACUUGACCAUUCUGUGUACAAAGAAAGAUGACAUAAAUAAAAUGUUACAUAGUCGCAAGUCGAUAAACAUCGACCCAUUUGCAGCCGGCUUCUCGCACAUAUCUGAUCAUCGACUUAUAGAUUUCACGGCGGUCCGUCUCUGCUUCCAAGUAAUUCUACCGGGAUCGGACUGGACUCUAGCUGACCGUUCUGUCUUUUCGAAAUACACCAAGAGUCUAGUUCCUGUCGCUUCAAAUGUCGUAUACGAUACGAAGAGACACAAUGACCUCAAGAUCGUGCAUAUUACCUACAGUGCUGGACCCCAAACGGGAGGAACUGAAAUGAUUUUACUAUGUGAUAAGUACUCAGGGCAGAUACCAGUUGUCGUAUUCGAAAAUGGACUUGGAUGGAGACAAACUGUUACACCGAAGAUGUGUCACAAACAGUUGGCAAUCGUGUUCCUGGCUCCUCCCUACAAGGAAGAGCGGGACCCUAGAUGCCCAGACUAUCUUAAGGUGCAAGUGUCCCUGCAGCAGUCCAAUGAGCGGGGCGGCGUGUUCCGCAGCCAACCCAAAACCGUCGAGUACCUCCCGUUCCCUCCGAAGGGUAGCCCACUCCAGUUCCCCACGCUGUAUCCAUCAUGUCAGCCGCCACCGAUUGCAACUCCUCCUCAGAUUUCUACAAUAUGCCAGGAUUAUGUCCAAGAAACUAAAAUGGUCUCUAAUUUUGAAAUGGAUGACGUAGAAUUGACUGUAAAAGCUACUAAUGCAAACCAUUCCGUAGCAAUCCCUAAUGUUAAUGCCCCAAGAUCUGCAGCUAGUUUGCCGUCGGAAGAUGAAAAUAUGAAUGUAAAUAAGCCGGCACAGGACAACAUCCUUUACAAGACUUGUAAAACCGGGGAAAUUCUUAGUAUGUACCUUGAUGUUAUAAGCGAUACCUACGAAAAACAUGUCAAUAGAUCUAUUGAUGAUGUUGAUUAUCAAAUUGAAAAUAUAUCGACAGAUUUUAAUAUACUGAGUGUCUAAAUAAUAGUGUUAUUUAAAGGCAAUAAUCUCGACGAUGGAAAAAUGAAAUACAUAAAUACAGCAAA